GAGCCAGUAGUGCAGCCAUUGCCGGAGCUUGGUAGCGGCCGCGCAAGAGAAGAGGCGCAGAUGGGUCUUCAGCCGAGUUCAAAGAAGCCAGGGUCAGGUCUGGCGGAUCAUUUAGACGGCAAGGCGAUCUGCUAUUCAGCUUGUGCGGCCGUCAAUGCCCUUGCCAUCGAGUUCAGCGAGCGGACGGGCGCAGAGCGGGCAUUCAUGAAGAUCUGCAAUGCCGUUUGUUCUCUUCCGAACUAAACACACGCCCUCCCUGUCGACAUCGCUGGUUGCUCGAUUUUGCGGGCGAAAGUUCCGCCAUCACCACUUGUUUCUCAGCCAUUUAGAUCUCGAUAGCCGGUCUGUAAAAACCAUUGCGCCGUGUUCAAACAGGUAGGCUGAGCAUGCCCAGAGUUGAGGACCAGGCAGGCGUGGGGUUGUGCGUUCUGGACAGCUUAACGGUCAAGGCCGCUCUCGGCAACCGCGGUCAAAAAGCUGAAAUUCGCCGGCCCGCUCCACCUUCACCUCCGAGAGGCCACAAUUUGCUGAUAACUGCGGCGGAAUAGUCUCGCGAAAAGUCGGCCGACGUCCGCGUCGAGCAACAAUUGCUUCUUGGCCCCAAGAGUAGUAUUUCUUGCCAAACCCGUCGGCAUCGUCAUCAGGCCUUUCUUACAUUUAGCCGUGGAGCCGGUGUUGAUGAUGGGGGAUGAGAUGGUGGCAGAUACCAGGGUGUGAUAAAUCCUCAGGGUUGCGAAGAGUUCGUGCAACUUUGAGCAUGCGAGACUUCUUGGUGCUGCGACCUUGGCGGUGGGGAGCGUCGGAACCGUGAAGCUCAGAUCUCGGAGUUCUCGGUCAGCACCGUGCGAGAAAUCUUCGAAAUACAAUUAGCCCAAACUUUUGAUGUACCUAAUUAGUCCUACUUUUGUAGGUAACAGUCAGGUGAGCUAAGUUUUCCCUA